UCGGCUUUGUCUUCCUCCAAUCCUCAAUCCAGCUCUACUUUGCUUUUACAUUACUCGAAUGCUUCUCUUUUUCUCUCAGUAUUUUAUUUGCAGUCCCAGCUGCCAUUUCCAGCUUCGUUUUUUGUUAGAGACGUUUCCUUUGGAGCUUAAAUCACUGAGUUAUUUGGAUUGAAGAAAGUUUUCUUAAGCAAAAAAAAAAAAAAGGAACAGAGAAACCAGGUUGUUUAAACGAAAAUGGGGUUGGUUUCUGGGAUGUUUAUGGGGAUGGUAUUCGGGAUUUCAUUGAUGGCUGGUUGGCGUCAUAUGAUGAAGUACCGAAGCACUAAACGAAUCGCCAAGGCAGCUGAUAUAAAAAUUCUUGGGGCUCUCAGUAGAGAUGAUUUGAAGAAAAUUUGUGGUGAUAAUUAUCCUGAAUGGAUAUCUUUCCCUGUCUAUGAACAGGUGAAAUGGUUGAACAAGCACUUGAGCAAGUUAUGGCCUUUUGUUGCAGAGGCAGCGUCAGCAGUAAUCAAAGAGUCUGUUGAACCUCUCUUGGAAGAAUACCGACCUCCUGGUAUUACGUCACUAAAAUUCAGUAAACUGUCUCUUGGUACUGUAGCUCCCAAGAUCGAAGGUAUUCGCGUUCAGAACCUUAAGAAAGGCCAAAUCACGAUGGAUAUUGAUCUUCGGUGGGGUGGUGAUCCAAGUAUAAUUUUAGGUGUUGAAGCUGCACUUGUUGCCUCAAUACCGAUUCAGUUGAAGAAUCUCCAAGUUUUCACUGUUGUUCGUGUCAUCUUCCAACUUGCUGAAGAGAUUCCUUGUAUUUCUGCGGUAGUUGUUGCUCUCCUUGCAGAGCCAAAGCCCAGAAUUGAUUACACUCUGAAAGCUGUUGGUGGAAGCUUAACAGCGGUUCCCGGAAUUUCAGACAUGAUUGAUGAUACUGUGAAUUCAAUUGUCACAGACAUGCUUCAGUGGCCACACAGAAUUGUUGUUCCAAUUGGUGGUAUACCAGUUGAUACAAGUGAAUUAGAGCUUAAGCCGGAGGGAAAGCUGAAAGUUACUGUAGUCAAAGCGAAUAAUUUAAAGAACUUGGAAAUGAUUGGAAAAUCUGAUCCUUAUGUUGUCGUGCACAUCCGACCUCUCUUCAAGAUUAAAACAAAAGUCAUCGAGAACAACCUGAAUCCCAUUUGGAAUGAAACGUUUGAGUUGAUUGCCGAAGAUAGAGAGACGCAGGAACUGACUGUAGAGGUUUUCGACCAGGACAUUGGGCAAGACAAGAGGUUGGGAAUUGCGAAAUUCCGUUUGAUCGAACUAGAACCGGAGACACCAAAGGAGGUUAAUCUGAACCUUCUGUCCUCACUCGAUACACUUAAAAUAAAAGAUAACAAGGACAGGGGAAGUUGUACCAUUAAGCUUUUGUACCAUCAAUUUAACAAGGAGGAACAGUUGAUUGCUUUGGAAGAAGAGAAGAGGAUCCUAGAAGAAAGGAAGAGAUUGAAAGAAGCCGGAGUAAUCGGAAGCACAAUGGACGCACUUGACGGAGCGGCUUCACUGGUUGGAUCUGGUGUUGGUAUGGUUGGUACCGGUAUCGGUACUGGAGUUGGACUUGUGGGAAGUGGUGUCAGUGCUGGAGUCGGGAUGGUGGGAAGUGGUGUCAGUGCUGGAGUCGGGAUGGUGGGGAGUGGACUGAGCAAAGCAGGAAAGUUCAUGGGGAGGACAGUUACAGGGCAUUCCAGCAAGAAAAGUGAAACCACCACCACUCCUGACGAAAGCAAGGAAGAAAAUGGUGGUGCUAGGCCACAGUAACUCAUAGAACAACUACUAGUUCACCCCUUUCAUUUUGGGAAGGUGGAUAGAUCGUACCGUUCGAACCUCUUUUUUCCAUGCUUGUUCCCGCGAUGUCCGGUUUCAACAGUUUGUAGCAUGUAGUAAUCAAACACAGCACUUCUGUUUGGUCUGUUAUUCUCUGUUUCUGUUCUGAUAGUAGGCAGUCAUUAUCUCGGAUAUGUCCGAUAUAGAAGUACAAUCAUGUAUAUAGAGGGUCUUUGCGAAGUUAUUUUCGAUAUAUGUUUGGAUAUGCCUUCGAAGCAACACUUAAAGUACAUUGUUUGCUGUUUUGUCAUGUAUCCGAAUCUGUGUUUGUAACUAAAUGUGUAAUAAUAGCAAGUUCCAUGA